AUCACCGGCACCGCGCACUGAAACACAGAUGAGCAGGGGUGAUUUUAAGACCAAGCAAACUCAGUAGACUAGGCUACAACCGACUUUGUAGCCUAUCGCAGUGGAUGGAAAACAUAUAUUCAACGUACUUUAUGUGAGCUAUAGCUAUUAUUGAUAGUUAUUUAGAGAGUUAUUGAGGAAGUGAAACUAUGUGGUGAGUGUGCGUAAUCAACACCUCUCCAAUACGCAGCGGUCUGUCUUGUCAGCUCAGAGAGCGCGGUUCGUCAGUGCAUGCUCCAGCAGAGACCGAAAGUUACCAGCACAUUGGUCCUCGUUGUCUUUUAUAAAUGUCUCCAAUUUUAUGUGAACUACAGAGGUGCCGGGGUAUGAUUUUGAACCCCAUUCCCUUUCCAUUGACUCCUGGACAACAGUAAAAGGGGAAUGCUAUUGAGGCAGUCCGUGGCAGGAUCUUGUACAAUAGCUCCCAGCCUGUUAUCAACGCUUGCGGUCUAUCCACUCUGAUCUCCCUGAAGUCCCUCUCUGUCCCCCACCAUGGAGAAUCUGAGUGAGCUGCAGAACCCGCUCCUAGAUAAGACCAGCAGCAGACACAUGGUCCACAACGACUACCAGGCUUACCAGGGCGACUACCCGAACCACCAGUGCCAGGAGAACAUCAUUGGCUACUUCGUCACAGGGAGCAACGGCAAGACUAAGGCCCAGCAGUUUCUGGAUGCCACCUCUCUGCACCUGGCAGUGGAGGCCUUCUAUAGGCCCAACUUAAUCCUGUACAAGGACGAUGUCAGCCUCCAGAGCAAGGACUCUAAGAGUGAGAGCUCUGAGACCACCUUCACAGAGAACAAGGACAGUGUGGUGGGAGUGGAGGGAGCCCCCAUAGAGGACCCUCAGGACAAACUACUAGGAGAGAAGGAUGUGAAGAUCCAAACGGUCUCCUAUGAGGUGGAGGAGGAGGGACAUGAGUAUGAGAGCGACAGCUCCAGUGACACUGAGAGUGAGGACAACUUCAUCAUGUUGCCCCCUCGGGACCACCUGGGCCUGGCCAUCUUCUCCAUGCUCUGCUGCUUCUGGCCCCUAGGGAUCGCUGCCUUCUACUUCUCCCAGAGGACUAGCAAGGCCAUGGCUAAGGGAGACUUCUCUAGGGCAGGCAGUAGCUCCAGAAGAGCCCUGUUCCUCGCUGCUCUCUCCAUCACCAUUGGGGCAGGGAUGUACGUGGGGGUGGUGGUGGCCCUUGUAGCCUACCUGUCCAAGACUAGGGGACACUUAUAGGAGCAGGACCAGGGCCACAGGGGAGAGUGCUUGGGAAAUCUUCCCUGCUAUGGCAACCCUGAAGCACCAGUCUACAUGUGGCUCUGUCUGGAUGUUUUGGUUGUGGAGCAGCAGAGAGGAGAGAGGAGGAGAAGAAGGACCAGGGGGAGAGACAGCCACUUUUCUCUAGGUCUAUCUACCUGGUAAGGAUGUUUGAGGAUCACAGAAUAAUGAGGGAAAACCCCUAAAGGAAAGAAGAACUACUGUCCCACAAUGACUGUUCUGCUCCUCUACAUGAAUGAGAUGAAAGCUAGUGAAGUAGAUGUGAUGAUACAGUACUACCUACAUUUCAGAGCUAACCACCUUCACUGAUCUUCAUUAUGAUCAUGGAGGCCCCAUCCAUAUUUGUAGCUGUUCUCUGUAAAUACUUCUUGUGCAGAUGGUGUUUUGGGCCGUAUUGAUUUUCAUGCCACAGUGAGUUAUAAUGAACCUGUCAUUGUGUCGGAAAUGCAAAACCAAGAAGGCGUACUUUCAUGAUUAUUCAUCAAACUGUUCGCCAGUCCAGUCCAGGAGAAUCAACUGCCAUCCCUUAAUAGACUCUAGACAAGGAAAACUGUGUUUAUUGUGCACUGUAUAUCCUGUCAGAAUAAAUACAUUUUGCAUGAAUAAUGAG